CAUGAGCCUUCACGCCGGUGCUCUGGUGACCUCCAGGUGGCUCGCCGAGGCCACCAGGCUGCUACCAAACAAACUUCGCAUCCUGGACGCGUCCUGGUACUUGCCUAAAGUGCGGCGUAGCGCCAAGAGCGAGUUCCGCGGCAGACACAUCCCUGGUGCCGCCUUCUUCGAGCUGAACGAGCGCUGCGACCGGAGCUCCCCCCUGGAGCACAUGCUGCCCUCCGAGCGCACCUUCGCCGACUAUGCGGGCGCGCUGGGCGUCGACGCUGACACGCACGUAGUGGUGUACGACGCCAGCGACUUUGGCUUCUUCUCAGCGCCGCGGGCCUGGUGGAUGUUCCGGGUGUUCGGCCACGGCCGGGUGUCGGUAUUGGACGGCGGGCUGUGCGCGUGGCAGAGGGAUGGCCGACCAGUGAGCGACCAGCAGACGGUCAGACGCGAAGCAAGCGAGUUCAAGGCAUCCCUCAACCGCAGCUGGGUGAAGAGCUACCAGGACAUGGUGGACAAUCUGGACACCAAGAACUUCCAGGCGGUGGACGCCAGGCCAGCGGGCAGGUUCAGAGGACUGGACCCCGAACCCCGAGACAACACCGAACCGGGCCACAUUCCCAACUCCAUCAGCCUGCCCUUCCAUUCCUUCCUGUCGCCAUCGGGCCACUUCCUGCCCGAGGAGCGGCUUCGGGCUCUGUUUUGCGAUGCCGGCGUGGACCUCGGCCGCCCCGUGUGCGCGUCGUGCGGCUCGGCCGUGACGGCGUGCCACGUGGCCCUGGCGGCGCACCAGUGCGUUUCAGUGUAUGACGGCGGUUGGUCCGAGUGGUACGCGCGAGCCGCGCCCCACGAUGUCAUCUCGGAGGGCCGAGGGAAGCGCCUGUGAUUGGCAGGAUUUUGUUAGCGUAAAUCAGUGGUUCCCAACCUUUAUUGCAGAGGUUCUCAAACUGGGGGCCGCAAAAUCAUUUACCAUAAGCAUACAUACAUACAUACAUACAUACAGGGACUGACCUACCAAUGAAGCAAACAUAAUGAACCAAUGACUCUUCACUACCUUAGCUUUGGUUUGGAAUCACUGCCAUUAGGAACGCGGAUGUUAGCGUGUGAGCACGCUAGCGUGUCAGCAUGUCGCCGCUCCGAUGAACGAUCCUCAACAUGUCAUCGUUGUUUAAGUAAAACAAAAUUCUGCAUCUGCUUGCUCAAGUGCUGAUCCCGAUGCAUACGGACUGUAACGCUGUGAAGUGAAAAGAAAUUUCAGCAACCAUUUUUCAGAUCCUCAGCAAAAUGUUCUGGCUUUUUGCUCAAGACACGCAUCACACCUUUACAGAGUUUGUGUGGUUUUUACUUCAUCCCACUAAUGAACAAACCGCGAUCAAAACAGCACUUUCCUCGAGGCAAUGAAAGAUGCUUCAGUUGUUCGUUUACCUACCCGCCCGUACGCAGUGUUGAUGUGCUGUGUUGACAUGCAGGACCAAUCAACCAAUCGGGUGACGGUCUCUCUUUUAUGCAUAAUACUGCGAGAGAACAAAAUGCGUUAAAAACAAUACCUUCCUACCUUAAACGUUUUCAUUGAUGGUUUAGUUACAGAGUGUUCAACUAACACGCAGGAGUAUACUGUAUCAUUUUGUUAUGGUACAUUUUGCGCAAUCCUGCUAACAAACUGACCAAAUGUGAUCAAAACAAUACCUUGCAGCAGUCAAUAAAGCAUGUUUUCAUUGGCUGUUUAGCUACGCAGUGUUCACCUAGGAGAAUAAAAUUGCAUUAUGGUACAUUUUAGUGUAAUCCUCCUAACCAAUGAUAAAACAGUGAUCAAAAC